UUUCAUUUCCAGACUAUACGAUCCAGCGGGCACUAAUGUCUAGUUGUCUACGUACCCUCCCCUUUACUUUUCUGAAUGAAUAGUGACCUUAAUAUUAACCCCAAACGUGAAAAAGCAAAGCCCCAUCUUCUUCCCCACCUCUCUUCUCUUCUUAUAAGUGUCCCCCCACCCCAUCCUUCUGCUUUCAUGAUCCCUCCUCUUACUCAGUACAGCAACAAAAAACCACCCUCCACAUUCCUCUCUCCUUCCGUUCCUCAACCAACCCAUAUGGACGCCAUAAUGGUGUUCCUCUACGCCUCCCUCCUCGCCUGCCCUCUCUUCCUCCUCUGGAAGUGGCUCGACGGCCACCGCGACCGCCACUGCUACAUCCUCGACUACGAGUGCCACAAGCCCACCGACGACCGCAAGCUCGACACCGAGUUCUGCGGCGACGUCAUCAAGCGCAACAAGAACCUCGGCCUCGUCGAGUACAAGUUCCUCCUCAAGGCCAUGGUCUCCUCCGGCAUCGGCGAGGAGACCUACGCCCCGCGCAUGGUCUUCGAGGGCCGCGAGGAGAGCCCCACCCUCCGCGACGGACUCCUCGAGAUGGACGACUUCUUCCACGACACCAUCGGCAAGCUCCUCGCCCGCUCCGGCGUCAAGCCCGACCAAAUCGACCUCCUCGUCGUCAACGUCUCCAUGCUCGCCGCCGUCCCUUCCCUCACCUCCCGCAUCGUCAACCACUACAAGAUGCGGGACGACGUCAGGACGUUCAAUCUCACCGGCAUGGGCUGCAGCGCCAGCUUGAUCUCCGUGGGCAUUGUGUCGAACACCUUCCGUGCGCAAAAAAACAAGGUCGCCCUCGUCGUCACUUCCGAGUCGCUCAGCCCCAAUUGGUACGCCGGGAACGACAGAUCCAUGAUUCUCGCCAAUUGCCUCUUCCGAUCGGGCGGGUGCGCGAUUCUGCUCACCAACAAGCGCUCCUUGAGGCACCGCUGCAUCUUCAAGCUCAAGACCCUGGUCCGCACACACCACGGCGGGAAGGACGAGUCGUACGGGUGCUGUAUCCAGAAGGAGGACGAACAGGGGAGGCUCGGGUUCCACCUGGCGAAGAAUCUGCCGAAAGCCGCGACCCGAGCGUUCGUCGACAAUCUCAGGGAAAUCUCCCCCAAAAUCCUGCCGGUCACGGAGCUGGUCCGGUUCGUGGCGGUGUACUCGAUGAGGAAAUUGAAAGGCCUCGCGGCCGGAUCUGGGGCGAAGAGGGGGAAGCCGCCGGUGAUCAAUUUCAAAACAGGGGUGGAGCACUUCUGCAUCCACACGGGCGGGAAGGCGGUGAUCGACGGGAUCGGGGCGAGCCUGGAGCUGAGCGAGCAGGAUCUGGAGCCGGCGAGGAUGACGCUGCACAGGUGGGGGAACACGUCGGCGAGCAGCCUGUGGUAUGUGCUGGGUUACAUGGAGGCGAAGCGGCGGCUGAAGAAAGGGGAUCGGGUCCUGAUGAUCAGCUUCGGGGCGGGUUUCAAGUGCAACAGCUGCGUGUGGGAGGUGAUGAGGGAGUCGGGUAGCGGGUCGGGUUGCGGGGCGACGGUGUGGGACGAUUGCAUUCAAAGCUACCCACCAAACUCGCUGGCCAACCCAUUCAUGGCCAAGUACGGCUGGAUUAACAACGAGGAUCCCGCCACUUUUGUCCUCCCCGAAUGAAUAUCCUAUCCAACUGGAGAAAAAGAAAAAAAGGCAGGAGUAAUUUUUUUUUUACAGUUUUACCGCUUAUUUAUUUUUUUUAAAAAAAGUAUUUGUUAUUCAUAUUUCUUUCCACUUUCAUUACUCAUCUUCUGGUUUCUGUUUUAUACUGCUGGGAGGGUUGGUCUCUAUUUUCGUUUCGAAUUUCGAAAUUCGAAACCGAUAGUCGACGACAUCUUUUACGGUUUACACAGGAAGGUUUUUACGAUUUGGAAAAUUUUUUGUUUUGGGUUUUUCUUUAUAUAAUAAUUUUUUUGCGACUUACUUUUUUUUCUUUUCCAGGGUGAUAGUUUGUUUGUACACUAGUUGAUGAUGAUAUGUGUUGGGGAGGUUUGUAAUGUUAAUUAAUGAUGAUUAAUUGUUGAUUAAUUUCAUCGGGUUUUGGUUGGUGGAAUAUUCAUAAAUCCCGAAAUAGGGGUGGGAGGAGCUCUCUCCAAGAUUGCAUGAGAGACCGGGGGAGGUUGAAAUUAGCUAGAAUCUUAAUUGUUGCAGUUGGGAUUUGACUUUGGAGGGGGCUGCUUCCAUAAUCAUAUAUGUUCCUUCCUAGUCAUAUUGCUAUUUCCUUUUACCCUUCUUCCACAAAGUUGUAGCAUUUGGAGCAUUUACCGCUUUGGUGUAUCUAUUUCAAUUUUGUUGCCAAAUAUACUCGGCGUGAAUGAUGAUAUGUAUCCACCGUUUUCUAGAUUCAAGUGUGAAGGCCAAAAGUAACUGAGUCUUAUUGAAUUUUGGUUUUUGUGGAAUGGCAUUGUAUGCAAUGUAGGAAUGAAGUACAUAUCAUAUC